UCCUGACAGCGGCGACAUCUAACCAGCCAUGGCGAGCCGGCGGAGAGUAGACCAACAGAAGAUGCCGCCUGCAAAAAGGAUGCGACACGAGAAUGGCAACCUCGCCCAAAACCAAGAUAACGGCACCUCACUAGUAAACGAGUGCGAUGCAAAACCAAUAGGAAAAGUCCAGCCCGGUUUGUUGGCAUCCAAACCGAAGCAUGGGAUUUUCUUCACCAUAAAAGGAGCCGAUCCUUACAAGCAAGAAAUUAUGACGCUGAUCAGAGACCUUCGAGACUACGGAAUGACCGCAGGAGAGCGAACGUGGGCGGUAGUGGCCUUCAACCCGGACCUCUGGGAAAAGUGGCAAAAUAGUGAAAUAAAUCUGGAGAAGCGUCCAGAAGGGAGCUAUCUGCUGCCUGAUUCCACCAAAUUUGUCAACACCGGUGGUGAUGUUUUCUUCUUCCUUAAGUCCGACUCCUUGGACCAUAUCCACAGUCUGGAGAACAUGGUUACCACGCGGCUGAACAGCUGUCAGCUGGACUUUACCAAAGAACACUCGGAGCCAGGGAACAAUCGCGUUAUCGGCGGCCUUUUCGCGGAUGGACUGGCCAAUCCCACAGACGUAGAGAACAUCGACGACUUCGUCAUCACGACAGAUGUAGACAAAGGCGCUACUGGGGGAUCGUACAUGCUGACACAGAAGUUCGUCUUCAACUGGACCAUUCUGGAUGACAUGACGCAAGACCAGCUGGAGAACAUGAUCGGGAGGACCGUGACAGACGACAUCCUGGUCGUUGAUGACACACGGCGGCACAUCAAGUGUGCACACAUCCUGGACGAGAACGGCAAACAUCCCCUUGUCUUCCGUCAGUCCAUGCCCUACGGUUCUAAUAAUACCGGCGUCGGCCGUGAAGAAGGGACCUUUUACAUUUCCUGCGCAAACACCUGCCAGCGUUUCCUUGACAUACUUACGAAACUCAUCGACGAAGAAGACAAGCUGAUCAGCACUGUACACUCUGAAGAAGGUAGCUUCUGGUACGUACCGAGCGCAGAAGAGCUCGGUCUGACGCCCAUCCCUGUCCGGGAACAACUCCAACUGAUGCCACAGUGGGACGUCAAGAGCGACAACGGUUACAUGUUCUACAACAGCCGAGAGUACCUGUACCGGAUGACUACAGGCGGCUAUAAAGACCCGAAGGACACGCCCAGUUGUCGUGUUCUCAAACUCCUGGGUCUGGUCUUGACCGAUUGGCAGCGCAGCUGGUUCGAGAAACAAGACGAGCCUGACAUUCCCGAACUUAAAACGUUUUUGACCAAUGACGAUCAAGUCCUCCUAGACAAGUACGACAACGCUGUCCCGAUAAGGAAAGGCCUCGCCACAUAUUACACCCUGCAGCACAUCGUCAGCACCCCCCCCUACUCCCAGCAGUUUGACGUCUACCGUAUCUACCCGGAUGAACUGAUCGUGGGAGUGAUGCCAAGCUUCUCUUUUGGCCUUGGAAGGAGAGUGAUGCCGUACCUGACACGUGAGGAGCAGAUUCCUGCCUACCAGAUGGGCGUGACGGAGGCUGCAGCUAUUGGACACGUCGUCCCGGAUUUUCAGAUCAUUUUGGACAACGGUCUGCAAGCCCUUAUAGAGGAGAUGGCUAGUAAGGCUGAGUCCACCCAACAAGAGGACAAUAACAAGCAUAAGUUUUUUCUUACGGCUAAGAUGUCGCUGAUGGGUGUUCAAGCUUACAUGGAAAGCUACGCGGAUCUUGCCAAGAAGCUGACCAACAAAACAACGUUCACUGCCGAACAGAAGUCAAAUCUUCAACAGAUCCAUAUUCGUAUGAAGAAGCUCGCAAAGAGCAAGCCUGACACGUUUCUGGAGGCCGCACAGCUUGUCUUUACUAUGCAUUGCUGCCUGCACAUCGUCGGUGAGCCAAUCUCCAUCGGGCGACUCGACCAGCUGCUGGGACCAUUUUACUCUCAAGAAGGCCUGGCCAUGGAAGAUGCACAGGAAAUCAUCGACUGUUUCUGGAUCAAGGUCGGCGAGAGAACCCUUUUGAAUCGCCACGCAGCACAGGAUAAGGUUUUUCCCGGAAUGGGUGCUGUUCCCUAUAGAAGCGACGGCAACUUUCCUCAGGGCGGCUGUAUGAACCAGUGGGGACAACAGCUCACCAUCGGUGGCUAUCUACCGAACGACGACCAAGUCCCAAAGUCUGCCUGUAACGACGUCACCCUGAUGUGUCUCCGAGCCUCCCGGCGUCUGCCUCUGAACGCCCCGUGCCUGACGUUACGGCUUCACGAAGGUAUCUCCCAAGAGGUGUUGGAGGAGACAGCCAAGGCACUGCUGAGUGGAGGAGCUCACCCGGUCCUACUGCAUGACGACAGGCUGAUUCCAGCCCUGCUGGACUCCGGACGGAGGGGGAUUCCCGUCCGCCUGGAAGAUGCCAGGAACUACGCCUGUGAUGGUUGUUUCGAGCCCGUGUUCGUUGGUGCCUCUGAGUUUGCGUUCUGCACUUUCUUCCUCCUCGAAGCCGUUGAAAUGACACUGAACGAAGGGACGCUCUAUUCACAGGCUGGUCCACAUUUCCUGCGAGGUACCAAAAAGUCCUUUCCCUCGCCAAAUGCUAGUAGGAUCAAAGAUUUUAAAGAAUUCCAAGAGAUCUUCCUCAAGCACCUUCGUCUUCAAAUUCCUUUGCUGGUAUCCUUCCUCGUCAGCGGCUAUGGUAACAUAUGGAAGAUGUGUCCCAGCCCUCUCCUAUCUGUCAUGAUGAAGGAUUGUAUUGAGGCCGGUAGGGAUCAUUCAAACGGCGGUACGAAGUACCACGAUCUGGGCUUCAUGUUUGUGGGCGCCGCCGACGCCAUCGAUUCGCUCUACGCCAUCAAGAAGCUCGUGUACGACCCGCUCACCGCGCUGACAACACUUCCGGAUCUCCUCACGUGUCUGAAGUGCGACUGGGGCCACGACAUGAAGGAGUAUCUCAUCGACGUUCGAGCGGGACCAGGAAGGGCCGAGGCACAAGCAACUUUCUUCAGGCAUCUUCGAGACGUCGCCGUGUCCUUCCCAAAGUUCGGCCACGGUGAAAAUGAAGAAUUAAAGGAGCUGGCAACUUGGAUGUUUGAAAACGUCUUGACGAUACUUCGGGAGACCUUCGACGACGCUCCAACUGGAGUGAAAGAGAUCUUUGAACGACUGGAGAAGGAUUAUUCUCUACCAGGCAGACCUUUCGGCUUCGUGGCGCUGCCAGGAAUAGGCACGUUUGAGGCGUAUGUCGGAUACGGACUCAACAGCGCUGCGUCAGCAGACGGGCGGCGGAGCGGCCAGCCGAUAGCGUCGGACCUGAGCCCGGCACCUGUACCCCAGGACCUGCCUGCAAACCCGGACAGCUGUGACAUCUACAAAGCGCUGAAAUGCUGGGACCUUGAGGUCAUCAACUCCGGCCUGUCAUGCGGCUCUGAGGUGGAUCUGAUGAUACGUGAAGACUUCCCAUUGGACAAGCUGACAGAGUUCCUUCGGCGCUACGCGGACCUGGAUGGCCCCAUUGGCUCGAACGUCAUCACGGUGACCUGUGCGAAUCCGGAAACCCUGGAGAAGGCCUCCAAGGUCACCGAUGCCUACGAGCUAGUGCGCGUGCGCCAGGGCGGCUGGACAGAGUUCUUCAUCACCCUGUUUCCUGUGCACCAGGGACAACUGCGGCGACGCAUGUACGUCCACCCGUAAAGACGUCAAACCGUGACGCAUGGACGUCAGGUCGUGACCCAUGAACUUUUCCCAAUUGUAAGUGACGCAGGGACGUCCACGUGCAUCCUCGAUGCAUCAGUGUCGCGACGCAUGGAUCAUGGACGUUCACCCAUGACUCAUGAAUG